UUUACUUUUUUAUUUUAAGUAGCCUCACAGAGUUUUUUUUCUCGAGCUAUUUCGUGUUUUCUUUGGGGCUUAUCAGCAAGGAAUUUGUUGGAUUGUUUGGCAAUAGCGAGAAUUGGUUUGCAUUUAGUACUGGGCUAUGGGCUGAUUUUGACCCUAGAUUGUUAACUUACAGUUGACCUUGCAUAGUUCUGAGCCUAACCAUCACUGAUCUAGUAGUCAGAGGAUGCCCACAGGGAGCUCUUGUGUGUCUGAUUAACAUGGAUUAUUACCACUUUCACUGAAACAGCAGAAUGCAAUUUGAGGUAUUUUGGAUAUGCUUUGAGCCCCUGUGAGUAAUUAGCUUUUCCUAUCAUCACUAUUUCUGACAGACACACAAACGCAGGACUAUCCCUGCAAGCAUAUGGUUGGUGCCUUAUCUGCAGCAAGGGGGAUCAGAGUCUUGAUUCAUUUUCCCCUUCCUUGUCAAAGUGGGCUUUGCCUGAGGAUUGUGCAUCCUGAUUCCAGCAUCUCUCACUCAUUCACUCACUCUCUCACACACACACACACACACACACACACACACACACACACACACACACACACACACACACACACACACACACACACACACACACACACACACACACACACACACACAGUUUGUUGGCAUCUGUAAAUAGUCUCUUAUGCUCACCUUUUUAGUGGCCGGUUCUCUAAAGCUAGGCCAUUACACAAAUCUGUUCUAAAACACAAAGCGAAUGCCAAUAAUAAUCAACAAGAGCUUCCCUGGGGAUUUUCUCUACCUCACAUAGUUCUUUGUUAUGACCCCCAGGCUAGUUCCCGACUUUAUUUUAGCUCACCUGAUCCACCAUUAAGUGAAUACAAAUGGUAACUUUGGCAGUACACACAGCUGUAGGCUGCAUUUCUUUUUUUAAAUGUCUGUUUUGACAGUUUUUGUACUUCAUCUUUAGAAAAUGAUUUUAGGGCUUUGAUUAGCAUUGAUGUUUUAAUGAGAAGUGGCAGACCAAAACGUGUUUCACAUUUUAAAGUUCUCACUCUGUCACUCUCUGUUCUCACUCUUCUUGUAUUAACAAAUGUUUUGCUUACAAAAGUCAAACAGUGAAGACCAAAACCGUCAAAGACCCAGUCCUGGCUUUGGGACAACACGUGUUUCUGUUUGGGGAUCUGUGUGGUGGCAGUUUCUUCCCUGGGGCCAUUAUGGUGUCUGGCUACCUCAGGGUACUGUGUGGGGCCAUUAUGGUGUCUGCCUACCUCAGGGUACUGUGUGGGGCCAUUAUGGUGUCUGCCUACAUCAGGGGUACUGUGUGGGGCCAUUAUGCUGUCUGCCUACAUCAGGGUACUGUGUGGGGCCAUUAUGCUGUCUGCCUAAAUCAGGGUACUGUGUGGGGCCAUUAUGCUGUCUGCCUAAAUCAGGAUACUGUGUGGGGCCAUUAUGCUGUCUGUCUACAUCAGGGUACUUUGUGAGGCCAUUAUACUGUCUGCCUACAUUAGGAGUACUCAAGUGCUAUUUGAGAAGUUCCGGCCCCACAAAUCUCCUAGGGGGCAAAGGUCCGGAUGGAUAUUGUCAUUUAUCGGCGUAGUAACAAACCCCCACCUUGCAACCCAUGUGACCCCAAACUGUACACAACCCUCCUGUUGGCGUAGAGAAAAUCUUGCAGUUUUAAAGCUAAUUUCCCACAAUUCUACACAUUUUGCAUGGGGCAGAGCAUUUUAUUCUGUUGCUUUUUAAAGCAAAUUUUCUGCAAUUCUACAAAUGUUUCCAUGUCUUAUGUGUGUUUAUAUGAUACCAGGGGUCAAUGCCCGACUCUCUUCCAAAAAAUAAACUCAACAAAAAAAGAAAUGUCUCUUUUUCAGGACCCUGUCUUUAAAAGAUAAUUCGUAAAAAUCCUAAUAACUUCACAGAUCUUCAUUGUAAAGGGUUUAAACACUGUUUCCCAUGCUUGUUCAAUGAACAUGCACCUGUGGAACGGUCGUUAAGACACUAACAGUUUACAGACGGUAGGCAAUUAAGGUCACAGUUAUGAAAACUUAGGACACUAAAGAGGCCUUUCUACUGACUCUGAAAAACACCAAAAGAAAGAUGCCCAGGGUCCCUGCUCAUCUGCGUGAAUGUGCCUUAGGCAUGCUGCAAGGAGGCAUGAGGACUGCAGAUGUGGCCAGGGCAAUAAAUUGCAAUGUCCGUAUUGGGAGAUGCCUAAGAUAACGCUACAGGGGGACGGGACGGACAGCUGAUCGUCCUCUCAGUGGCAGACCACGUGUAACAACACCUGCACAGGAUCGGUACAUUCGAACAUCACACAUGCGGGACAAGUACAGGAUGGCAACAACAACUGCCCGAGUUACACCAGGAACGCACAAUCCCUCCAUCAGUGCUCAGACUGUCCGCAAUAGGCUGAGAGAGGCUGGACUGAGGGCUUGUAGGCCUGUUGUAAGGCAGGUCCUAUCCAGACAUCACCGGUAACAACGUUGCCUAUGGGCACAACCCACCGUCGCUGGACCAGACAGGACUGGCAAAGUGCUCUUUUCUGACGAGUUGCGGUUUUAUCUCACCAGGGGUGAUGGUCGAAUUCGCAUUUAUCGUCGAAGGAAUGAGCGUUACACCGAGGCCUGUACUCUGGAGCGGGAUUGAUGUGGAGGGUCCAUCAUGGUCUGGGGCGGUGUGUCACAGCAUCAUCGGACUGAGCUUGUUGUCAUUGCAGGCAAUCACAACGCUGUGCAUUACAGGGAGGACAUCCUCCACCCUUCCUGCAGGCUCAUCCUGACAUGACCCUUCAGCAUGACAAUGCCAUGCCACCAGCCAUACUGCUUGUUCUGUGUGUGAUUUCCUGCAAGACAGGAAUGUUAGUGUUCUGCUAUGGCCAGCGAAGAGCCCGGAUUUCAAUCCCAUUGAGUACGUCUGGGACCUGUUGGAUCGGAGGUUGAGUGCUAGGGCCAUUCCCCCCAGAAAUGUCCGGGAACUUGCAGGUGCCUUGGUGGAAGAUUGGGGUAACAUCUCACAGCAAGAACUGGCAAAUCUGGUGCAGUCCAUGAGGAGGAGAUGCACUGCAGUACUUAAUGCAGCUGGUGCCCACACCAGAUACUGACUGUUACUUUUGAUUUUGACCCCCCCUUUUUUUCAGGGACACAUUAUUCAAUUUCUGUUAAUCACAUGUCUGUGGAACUUGUUCAGUUUAUGUCUCAGUUGUUGAAUCUUAUGUUCAUACAAAUAUUUACACAUGUUAAGUUUGCUGAAAGUAAACGCAGUUGACUUUUUUUUUUUUUGCUGAGAUUAUAUUUAUUUAUUUUGUAGUCUGGACCGCGGCCUGUAUUGACCCCGUUCUGGGACCGGAUCCAGACCGCAGUCCACCAGUUGAGUCUGGGGCGUCUAGGUUGUGCACAAAGCUCACAGGUGUGUUGUCACUAAUGAGCAGAGGUCCCAGGUGCCACGGGGGAAGAUUUGAUUGUGGUUAGGAGGAAAAGGUUUAGCUGAAGUGUGUCGGUGUCUGUCAAUGGCGGAGUGAGUGGCUGCAGCAACAGCUGUGACAGUGCUUGAUCAAGGAUUCACAGGCAUUUGACACACACUCACAGACCCACACACUCACCUCACUCACUCGUCUUGCUGCAGUAGAUACUGGCUCUUGAAACUCAUAGCAGCUGUACAUUUCCACUGCAAGCCAGUGUUUCUUUUUCCCCAUCUUUUUCAUUUGGUUUUGUUUUUUUCAAUAAGAUUUGCCCAUUUUUCUGAACUAUUCGGAACUUUGUUUGCUAAAAAACGAGAAAGAAGAGAGUUGUGUAUAGAGCACAUUAUAUGGACUUUUGGAAAACUUCAAUCUUCUCAUGAUUUUUGUCACUUGUACAAGGACCAUUUCUAUUCUGAUGCUCUUAUUUUGGUCCAUCGGGCGAUAUCCUGCAUUAAUAUAUUUAGCAGAAUCUCUGUGACUUUUCCAAAAGAUAUCACAAACGUGGUAAUCCAUAUUGACUGGACUGUAUUGGACUGAGCUGAACAGAGAAUUCUAUUUUUGUUACAUUUGAAUGUAUUUGGACAUUAUUUUAAUGUAUUUAUUUGAUGGGACCACCGUCUUUCAGUAAUAAUUAUUUAUUGUUUUGAACCUGAUCACCAUGCUGGACACCAACCCGACCCUUCACACAGACCCCACCUCUUUUGGGCCCCCUCCAAUCAGCAACAGUAUGGAUAAGCAACGCAUACGAUUGGAGUUAGAACGCCGGGCUUGUCAGAGCCUGAGGGAAGUGCUCCAGCUCAAACUCCAGCAGAGACGGACCCGUGAGGAACUGGUCAGCCAGGGGAUCAUGCCACCGCUGAAAAGUCCAGCUGCCUUCCACGAACAGAGACGAAGUUUAGAGCGAGCGCGGACUGAAGACUACCUAAAGAGGAAGAUCCGAAGUCGGCCGGAGAGGUCGGAGCUGGUCAGGAUGCACAUUCUGGAGGAUCACGUGCCUGAUGGUUGUUGGCUGGCUAACCCGCUGUGUGCUGUGUGUUCAGAGACGUCGGUGGAACCCUCCCUCCAGGCCAAACAACUGCAGCUGAAGAGGGCCCGUCUGGCUGACGACCUCAACGACAAGAUCUCCCACCGGCCCGGCCCCAUGGAGCUCAUUCACAAGAACAUCCUGCCUGUACACAGCAGCAUCAAACAGGCCAUCAUAGAGACAGACUUCCCCAAGGUUGCUGGGGAGAUAUCCUCCUUUGAUGAGGACAGUAGUGAUACUCUCUCUCCUGAGCAGCCCAUUGGACAGGAGUCUCCGCUGGGCCACGGCCCUCUGCCCUCUCCCCCUGACACCCUAGCUUGCAACAGCACCCCCACACAGUUUCUCACUCAGGUUCCUCCACCACCCCCUCCUCUUCCUCCCUUCUAUGGGCCCUGCCAACCAGUGAAGUUGAGCAAUGGGACAGCAGUUCUGAGAACCGCCCCUGCACUGAUCAAGUCCCAGCCAAAGCCCACCUCAGAGCGCCCCCCUCAGCGAUCCAAGAAGCCCAAGGACAACAAGCCCAAGGUGAGGAAGCUGAAGUACCACCAGUACAUCCCCCCGGACCAGAAGGCCGACCACGAGCCGCCCCCUCAGCUGGACUCCACCUACGCCAAGAUCCUCCACCAGCAGCAGCUCUUCCUCCAGCUGCAGAUCCUCAACCAGCAGCAGCAGCACUACAACUACCACACCAUCCUUCCUGCACCGCCCAAACCACUAACAGAUCAACCACCUCCCAACAAUGGCCCCUCUCCUUCUCCGGCCGUACCCGCCCCCUCGACAUCCUCCUACAGUCAAAGUGCACCAAGCCGGCAGAAUGUCACACAUGUGGGAGGGGCCACACCAGGUUGUUUGCCUCCUAACCUGGACGACCUGAAGGUGGCUGAACUGAAGCAUGAGCUCAAACUGCGGAGCUUGCCUGUGUCAGGCACCAAGAAUGACCUCAUCGAGCGGUUGAGGAACUACCAGGCUCAGCAGAACAGUCGUGGUGGUGGUAGUGCAACAACUACAACAGCAGGGGGUGCCACAGUGUCUGGGGCUGGAGCUCCCAAAACCAACCACCCAACACAACAACAACAAAAACAACUACUACUACUACAACAGCAGCAACAGCAACUUUCCCAACACAAGGCCCUGUCCUCUGUGGUCCACCAAUCAGGAGAUGCAGGUGUGGUAACCUUGGGAACCUUCCCGUUCAUGACCACUACUCCACAGCAGAUCAUGCACUUUGGCAGCACUAGCUCCUCCCCGCCUGUCUCUCCUGCCCCCUCGGAACGCUCGCUAACUGGAAUGAGCCCAGACGAGACGAGCUGUAAUGGGGACUCAUUUGGGGAGAUGGUAAGCUCUCCCCUCACCCAGCUAAGCCUCCAUCCCUCCCCUCAGCACCUUGGCACUAUCAAAGAGGAGUUGAGUGGCUCGGCCCCAACAGCCUGCCAGUUCUCCAUAGCUGCUCUGCAGAAACGCCUGCAAGUAGCACCCCCGUCUGUGAACAAGGACCAGAUGCUGCAGGAGAAGGACAAGCAGAUCGAGGAGCUGACGUGCAUGCUAAGGCAGAAACAGCGGCUGGUGGAGACCCUGCGCGUCCAGCUGGAACAGGGCAAUAGAGGGGGCCGGGACGCCCCCCCAGAACCCCUGGGCCAUGUCAGGGUGAAGGAAGAGCCCCCAGACAUCCCCAGCAUCCCCUCCACAUUUUGCCCCAUUGCCCGCUCCCUGACCCCUUCCCAGUGCCACAUGGAGGUCACCAAGAUGACCAUCAAGCAGGAGGUCGGGGAUGUGGAAGAGGCCGUGGAGCCGUCCUUGGAAGCCCCACCUCAGCAGGUGCAGCUGGAGCAGAUCCAGGCGCAGCAACGGUCGCAGCUCGAGCAGCUGAAGCUGCAGCAGAUGCAGCAGAUCAACGCGCUGCAGCUGGCACAGCAGCAGGCCUUGCAGCAGCUGCUCCUACAGCAGAACCAGCAGAAUCUGCAGAAACACCGCUCACAGCAGAGGAAGAAGAAAUCCCACAAGCAACAGCUCAAGCAGCAGCAGCAACAGCUACUGUCCCAACAACAACAGCAGAUACAAUCAAAGAACCAACAGCUGUUACAGUCAAAGCAUCAACAUCAGCAGAUAUUGCAGGAACAACAGCAGCUGAAGUCACAACAGGUGUCUCAGAUGUUCCUCAAUCAGCAGUCGCGCUCAACCACUUCCUUCCCCUUGGAUCUCCUCAAGACACACUCCACACCUACCCUGGUGACAGACAGCAACGGCAACCAUUUCCUUAUCGCACUGACCAAUCACUGUGCCGAGAGCCAAGGGAGUGAAACGCCACAAGGCAGUCCACAUAGCAAAGCAACCAAUCGCAUCAUACUGCAGAGACUGCAGUCAACUCCUACCAAGCUGCCCAGCCAAUCCCCUCUUCAGUUGUCCAGCAGUGACACCCAAUCAAAACCAAAAACUCAACCAGGCCUCGUGAAACAGCCAACCACAAAGGGACAGAAGGUGGGGCUGCAGGUGUCAACCAAUCACUCCCCAGGGGUCGCGCUCUCCUUCUCUGCCCCGCCCAAUCUCCAGCCUUUCUUCCCCAAUGAUGACUCCUCCCCUUCUGAAAAAGACGGCUCCCCCUCUCCUCCAGCUCAAACGGAGGAUUUGAGUCCAGGUCUUGACCAUGAACCCCUGUUCAGCCCUCCUUCUCCCAAACAGACGCCCUCCCCUAACCCACCGGAUGACAAGGAUAAUGGAUCCACCCAGCAUAUGGACGACCUCUUCGACAUCCUGAUUCAAACAGGAGAAAUCUCAGCCACCUUCAAACCAGCGCCCGACCCUUCCCUGGCGCGAUUGCGCCCCAACACCCCUUCCCCUUCCCACUCUCAGGCCCCCUCCCCUCUCCAGCUUCAACUCCACUUCUCGCCCCCCACCCCUCCCGAACCCGAGACCCCCAAGCCGGGCCCAGGGGAGGAGGAGGAGCUGCAGGCGCCGGCCACCGUUGAUCAGGACGUAAGCAACACAGGAAGUGGACGUCUGGAGGACUUCCUGGAGAGCACCACGGGCAAACCCCUCCUGGGGGUGGAGCCUGGCGGGCCCCUGACCCUGAUUGACGACCUUCACAGUCAAAUGCUGAGCACCCCCAGCAUCCUGGACCACACAUCCUCGCCCAUGGACACCUAUGAGCUGUCGGGCUACACGGCCAACCCCCCUGGCCUGAACUUCGGAGACCGUGCCCUGGACAGCAUGGAUUGGCUGGAUAUCACCAUGGGAGGGGCGAGCAACGAGAUUGCAGGGCUCGCCCCCCUGGGUCCCCUGGGCCCCCACACGCCCCCCAGCGUCUUCUCAGCAGACUUUCUGGACAGUUCAGACCUGCAGCUCCACUGGGACUCCUGCUUAUAGCCCUGGACAGUCUUACAGUGUCAUCCACAUGGUUGGAUGCUGAUGUUACGUUGUCAAACUCUCUCUUUUCUCAACCUACGGUACAACGACUCAAAAACAAAAACACACCUGCUCUACUGCACUCUGAACUCAGUCCCUCUUACUGAAUAACACUUUGAUAGAUGUCUUAUGUAUACCCUUACGUUUUAAGGCAGGCCCUCUUACACACGUAGCUUAUACAGUAAUACCUUUAACAAACCCUGUGGCCCAUAGUUGAUGAUGCUCCUUCAUCUGAGCCAGUCAGCAGCUUACCGUAGCUACCGAUAUAGACUAUUGUCUACAUUUAUUGUUGCCCUUAGUAGUAUUAGUAAUACUAUGGAGAUAUUGUAACAAUGUUGAACCAGUAAUGUGAUAAUCAUAAUAACGAUAAUCACGUCUGUCUAGCAGCUUUAGGGUUAAAAAACCACAACUUACUUAUUUUCAUGAGAACUUUAGAGGAGAUGAUCAGGGAAACCAAGGUGAAGGAGAAUCAAGUAGCUAUUUGUUAGCAUGAAUGCAUGCAGGAGUCAGACCGUGGCUCCAGUGUAGCGGUCUGGUGACCGCAGCUCUGGCUGAGUAGGAGAACUGCAAGAGGAGCCUGGUACAGAGGAGAGACACACAGACGGUGAUAUUUGACUAUAAUGUAUUUUUGCCCAUAAUAUGGGGUGUAUUUUGGAAUAUAUUUGAAAAUGCCAGGAAACAUGAUUUCGUGUUUUAGAACACGUGGUCUUACUCUCUCAGCUUUAAUGAUAUUGCUCUAGAACAUUAUGACAGACGGGAUAGGAUUUUAUAUAUUUGAUAAAAAUGAGAACCUUCUUUUUUUAACAGCGGUAUUGCUGCUACGUAGUGUACUUGAUCUCCCUUGGACGUAGGUUCAUUUUCAUAGACGCGCAGAACUAUAUGUCAGCCAGUACUGUAGCUAAAGUAAGUUAGGGUUAAGAGAUUGCAAAGAUGGAAAUGUUUGUUUCAUUUCAACCUAUAUAAGCAAUUAAGUAUGCGGAGAUGACGUGUUUCGUGUAUACUGUAGUCCACUCCAUCAAUUAUAGUGAUGCCUGCUGAACCAGGAGCUGCAUUGGUGAAUCACGAAUGCUGUGUUAUUAUUUUGGGGGCCCCUUAACAUCAGGACUGUAUUAUUAUUCAUGUACUGUAUCAGUACCUUUGCCAAACAUUUUAUUAAUAAAGUCCUCCCUAUAAAUUCUUGCUGUGAUAUACCAAUUUAGACACUGAAAAUGUAUUAUAAUGCACAGUUCUUUUUUUGACUUGGCUCUAUUUUAGGCAAUGGAGCACUACGAAGUAUACGGUUUACUGGGACAAAUUCUGUCACCAGUGUGAACUCUGUAUCCAGAGUUAGAAAACCCAUUUUUUUUAAUUGAACCUUUAUUUAACUAGGCAACUCAGUUAAGAACAAAUUCUUAUUUUACAAUGACGGCCUACCCAGGCCAAACCCGGACGACGCUGGGCCAAUUGUGUGCCGCCCUAUGGGACUCCCAAUCACGGCCGGAUGUGAUACAGCCUGCAUUUGCACGGCCUCAGACUCGCAAUCAUACAACACUGCACACACACAUGCGCACAUGCUCAAUAUUGAGCAUCGCUUGCUUGUUUGAAUGUAUUAUCCUUUCCAUGGUUUGUUGCAUAUCACCACAGACAUACAUUCAAGAUAUGCUUCUCUCUCGCUUCUCCUGUGUGUGUGUUUGUGGUGGGGCAGUUUCUGUUCAGUAUAUCCUCCUCUUUGACUUUGCCCUCAUGGUGGCCUGACUGGUGCUGUUGAAUGGAAAAACCUCCAUGAUAGAGGGAUUGUAGACCAGUCAGCCCCGAUCUGCUGUAUUAGGUAUUCUGAAAUGCUUCAUUUUAAGUUGUCAACACUUGAGGGAUUUGGGGAUUGCUCUGGGGAGGGAAACUUGUUGGGCUUCUUCAUGAUUUGGACAUUUUAUUAAGCAUUUUCUUUUUUUUUAGAAAAGUAAUUGAUUAAAUUAGAUAAAUUGUAGUUUACAGCAUGGAUGUUUUGGGGCCACAGUAUGGAACGAGGGUUGGAGAUUAACAUUUUGAAAAAGCGGAUACUGUGAAGUAAUCAUUUACCACCAGAAUCCCCCUAGAGCACGUGUCUCCAACUGGAGUUGUCCCGAAUUUGGCCAGUGGGUGAUUUUAUUUGGCCCCCAAAUUUUCUGAGCAAAAUAAAAUACAAUGUAUAAUUGUUUUAUUGUUGGACAUAAAAGACUUUAAACACGAGCAAA